AUGACUUAUUUUCAACGACUGAUAGAAAAUAGCUCUGUUUGUCAUGCAACUGGCGGUUCAGUUUGGAAGUUUGAUAAUGAUCACCUUACCUUUCGUUGGUCCACUGGUGUACGCAAUGUUUCGAAAGGGCUGCGUGGAGAUUACGAGCCAACACUCGAAAAUAAUGAGCUAGUUGCAGGAAAAACUGGAGAUCUACGUAACAGUACUAUCAUUUUUAAUAAUGGGGCAUGGGAUUUGUACAGAGGGACAUUUUCUGACUAUCUCGAUUCCAUUCAAACUCUUUUUGUGCCACUUAUCAGAAAAUAUCGCCAAAAUCCAACAUGGAACAAUACACGUAUCAUCUGGUUUGGUAAUCCAACAUUUCCUCAUUUACCAGAAUUUCUGAAUAAAGAACAUCAUAAGAGAAAUGAAUUUAGAGCCGCUGCUGCCAAUGGUCUUACCGAGGCACUCAUUAAGGACCUUCGAGUUGACUUCAUAAAUCAGUUGAACCCCUCGAGUAUAAGGGCCAGUGAGAUUGCAUGUAAUGUUCAUUACAUCUGUACAAGGCAAAAAACUAUAGGGCAUGUGGGAAUUGUUAUAGCUCAUAUGCUGUUUGAGGACAUGUGUAGAAUAUACACACCGGAAUAG